AUGGUGUCCUACUACAAUCACUUUGCUAUGUACCCGAAGAACCAUAGCGCAAUCUGCCGUAUUCUGCAUCAGCGGGAUGGUAUCCGGGAAAACUACCAGCAUCAACCGCCGCAUCCGCAGUUCAUCGGCGACGGAGAGUCCUCCCCCCAGCCCAUGUAUUACCCACAUCCCCACGUAUUUCCACCAGUCCAGUCCGGACUGGAGCGGGCACGAAAAUUUCUCCACGCCGCCCCAACGACGCUGCUUCCCCAUGGGGCAAGUUCCGGAGGUCUGCAUCUGGGACAAACGACACCGGGCGCCAACAACAACAAUAACAACAACGCCGGUGAACACUGUCCCGAUGCCCUGCACAGCAUACCGUCGCCGCCGAUUACCGUUUCCGGUUAG